UAAAAAUAUUAAUAGAACGCAAAAUCAGGAUCAAUAAUUUAAAUAAAAAUAAAGGUAAAUAAUUUAUGUAUUAACUGGACGGAUACAGUUAUAAAUAUUCCUUGUAGCGAGUCGGUCUGUCGGAUUAAUGGCACUUUGCACUACUUUCAUUGCAAGAAUGGGACAGCAAUACGAGUCAUGCGAUUCAUACGUGAUACAACUACGUCUAUGUGUAAGGAUAUCAAAGCUAAGAAUGUCUUGUGCCAAAAAAAUAACUCGAUUCAUCUCGCGAAAAUUAAAUCUCGGGAUUCGUAAAUCAUUCUUGACUGAUUAGCCGAGAUGCUAUCGGGAGUGAGUAAAUAUAGGUAUAAAAAUGUAAAUAAAGACGAAAUAAAUAAAGAGCAUUGGCACGUGUUGCAAUCCGUAAUCGCAAUCUAUUAUGAAUGAAAGGCGUCGAUUAAAACCAUGGUCCGAUUAUAGCGUCUGAUCAGUGUGGUCUACUGUGCGCUCACGCAUCCGAUAUUUAUCUGGGCAGAUACGAAAUUGUUUGACAAAUUUACGCGUGGGUAAUUUCGCAAUACGAGAAUCAUGCGGUCAACGUAUCAUAUCUAAUGGCGUAUCAACGUGAACGUGCCUUUAACGAUCGCGCAAUCGCAUUUCUCCACAACGAACAUCAACAACGGAACAUUGAAGUAACGCUCUCGCGCGUUCUAUCGCCCACCCUUGGAUCAAUGGAGUGUAUCGUAAUGAAUUAUGAAAUUUGUGCAUAUCUUUUUACACGCCUCCUCGUUCUCGUACGACACCAUGUUUAUUAGUGUUAAUCGAAACUAUCGCUCUUGAUAUUAUGAGGCUGCAGUAACUCAUGGAGGUUUUAUCACAAAAUAUUAAUUUACACACGUAAUGCACAUCCGCGCACUCGAUAAGAAUUAUUACGAAAGAAAUUAACUAAAACACUGUAAAUGUGAACGCAUAGGAAAUAUACGCAAACACCUCUUGCCUCAAUUUUUAGUUGAUAUAACAAAAAACGGAGGAUCAAAAGGCGUUGCUUUCUCCUCUCAGGCAUAUUAUAUUCUAAACCGUCAGUUUCUGCGGAGUGUACACGCCACGCGAUAGUUUGAUGAUUGAAAUAAAUAAUGAAACUCAUGCCGGAAGUAUAGAAAUAAAAAUGAAGAGUCGUGAACGUCACGUUCAAGCGGCAGUAGAGUAGUUUCGUAAUGACUAACGUCGCGUGAUAAUUCGUCUAUUGGCGUUGCUAUAAUAUGACGAAAGGCGGUAAUAAAAACAAAAACGAUUACUACAUUUUAUUAUUAGCAUAAAUUAUUAUAAUAUCGCAAUUUGGAGAAAGAAUCUAUAACGUCAAUAAACGAACGAUGCAAAUAUUAGUUAUAUUCGUGCGUUGACCAUUAUGUAAAUAUUUGAAUUAAUAUGAUGAGCAUUAUGAUUUUUCUUGCUACAAAUUCUUAUAGUUUCCUUGUAAUGUAGCUUAUACAAGAACAUCCACACACUAAUGAGAACACGAUUAUCGGAAGUAACACAUGAAUUAUAUGCAUUAUCUCUGCCCAAUCAAAGUUGUACAUAUGAGGUCAAAAGCUCAUUUUUUUGCUUCUGUCGAAACUGACGAAUGUACAUUCAAUUUAUGAAGAAGAAACUACAAUCGUGGAUUCAUGGAUUUCAUUCAUGUCGAAUGCAAUACGAAUAAUGAAUGUCGUACGCACGGUACUCAUUUGCUUACCGGAAAUAAAAAAUUAUGAGGGCGCGGACGAGUAAACUAGAAAACCUGCAAUUACUGUGCGAAUUUUCCGACGAAGCAAACAACGCAUCAAUCGCAGAAUGCGUAUGAGAUAUUCUACGAUCGUGUUAUGUUACAAAUUAAAAGAAGACGUUACAAGAAUGCAUUAUGUAACGCGAAAGAAAUUGAAGCGAAGCAUGAACGUAUUCGCUAUUGCGCCUUUCUUGCAUGUAUGUACACGACUUUUCUCAAUCGCUUUACUCAUGACGAUUCAGACAGCCUGGCGAUAUCCACUGACGACAACCAAUAGCAGAUAUGGCAAACGCUUGAGCAAGUGUUACAUGAAAUUCGGUGGCCAUUAUUAUUAUCAUUGGAAUCGGAAUUCUUUCCAAGAAAAAUUUCACAAGAGCUGUAAAAAUAUUUUAGACGGCUAAAAUGAAGUCUCCGAAGGAGAAUGCUGUUUAUCCUCGAAUCGAGCGUAUUUCAGCAAGUUAUUCGCGGCAUCAUCCCGCAGCGCACCCUUUCUCGAACUGCUCGUGGAUGGUAUUGUAGAUUACCUGCAGGGUAACUCGAUAGUGUUCUCGAAGCAAAUUAUUUCUAGAAACCGAUCAAUCAUGCAAAUGUGUGUUACGUGUCGCGAGAAGUACGGCACAUCGAAGAUGGAAGCGAAUAAAACAGAGGGGUGUAGAAGCUAGUUGGAGGAAGGUGGGGAUAAGGAUAUCACCUCGUUCCGUAUAUAUGCAACGGCGGCCGGCCACUCCGACUUAAUAGUUUACAUACAACGAAUGAAGCAAGGAAAACCUUCCGGAACUUCGUCAACCGAGUCGUGCAUCCAAAAAGGGCAUUUUCUUUGCUGAACAUCUUUGUUCGCAAACGGAAAGCAUCGCGCUCGAAAUGCAGCGUACUUUAAUGGUAAUCUGGAUCCUCGUGGCACUCACGCUGCCGGGAUUCAUUCACGGACGCCCUGCAGCUGACGAUGGCAGGUCGGUUUUAAGCAUGUUCACGGCACAUGCUUCAAAGUUGGAAGAUGUCUUGGACUACGAGCAAAAACCGACCUCAUUGUUCGCGCAAGGGGGCUCGCUGGUUCCGACUAAAUUGCGAGUAAAUCGAUCCUCGGAUCACAGGCUAAGCGAGUUGGAAACGUUGAUGACUAUGUCGAAAAUUAACAGCAAACGAUCACCGUUGCCUACGGGGCAAGCAAGCAGACAAUUGGAUCCAGCGAGAAUCGGCCGACGAAAGCGUUUCAUCGAAAAAGUUCCCUUCGAAGUGAUCCCCAUUCAUCAGCACACCGACAGACCGAAAGACGAAGGAAACUCUGCGUACUCUCUCAUCAGGUAUAUACUCUCUCAUCAGCUUCAUUCGAUUACUAUAAAUCAUACGUCGAACUUUCGCGGAUUGCAUAUCAUCGUAUCGUUGUAUAAUCGUACAUAUCGGCAAAAAUCGGGCGGAAGAACGUGCAUGUUCAAGGCCAUACAUUGAAGAUUGCAUCUUGCGCGGCACGCAGCGUCUUUCGCGUGCGUAAAUUGCGCAUCCCGAUAAAUAUGCAAUUGCGUAGGUCGCAAUAAAUUUGAAAGUCGUGUUAAUGUUAACAUAAAUCUUAUAUUCUGAAAGUUAAGAUAAAUACGCAAGGCUAUCGCUGUAUAAGCGCUGAUAACUUCUUGGCGGUAAAAUGCUGCCGAUUCUCGUCGACGACGUGUAACAAAUUGCCAUUUCGCCGCUCUUAUCGCCGCUCGCGACAUUUCGUAAUUAUUUCAAUUCAUGUUAAGUGAAAUAAUCGACUUCCGAUGCGAUUGCAGGUUCUACAAGAUGCAUUAUCCGGGAGAAAAACAAUGUUUACAAGUGUAUCGUGUCGCGCGAUGCUCGCCUAACUUCGCCGCUCGUUUCCUCGACUAUUUCCGCACGUGUGAUUAAUCGACUCGGCCGUAAUCUCGGAUGUACUUUGAAAUGAUAAAUUAUUCUCGUGCCAAGAGAUUUGCAUUUAAUAAAAGUGUGUACCAUGAAACCUAGCUGAUAACGCCGUGCAGCGCAAAUCGCGAUCAAUUUUCAUCUUUGGAUGCAGCAACGAUCGUGUUAAUUCACGCUCCUGCGCCACAUUUAAUUUUCUCGUGUUUCAUUUUCAGCUGAUUAUAAGCCACUGAUGGACGGAAACGUGCAUUUCACAUCACGAGGAUGAGACUGACACGUGCAGCGCGCAUCCUUCAACAUAUCACAUUAUUUCUCGGAACAACUAUUCAGGAAUUUAUCGAGAAACUACGAAACGAUGAAACAAAUUACGUUAUACAGCGAGACGGUCACGCGAACAAUACAUUUGUAGAAUCGCGCGUAGAUUUGGUAGAUUCGAACGGAAAUGGACUUUAUAAUCAUAUUCAUUCAUUCGCAAUGCAAAAUACAAAGAUAUAAUUUAUAUAUAUAAUUUAAUUGUAGAUAAUUUUAUAUUUAUGUGUAAAUUAGUUUUUACUUUUAUAUAAAUAAUUGACUACUACAAGACGCUGCUGAAUAUAAUUUCGGCUUUCUUCCAGCGAGGACAUCAAUAAUUUUUAAUUCUUACGUACUCACUUCCCUCGAUUAUAUCUUGACGUAAUUAUCUGCGUAAACCGCUUUCAUCAGAAAGAUCCCACUAAAAUUCAAAUAACAAGAUUGAAAAAUUACAUAUCACGUAUGGAUUUUAUCUUACAAGAUGAUUACCGAUGACUAUUCUUAGAGAAAAAUCAAGAUUGAUUCUUAUCAAUAAAAUUAAUCUGAUCGCGCCGCCAUAUUGUAUAGCGUUUUAGUUGGCAAAACACUUUAAAAUCGUCAAAAUGAAUUAAAAUAUGAAAGUUUGAGAAAGUUGUAUUAGAAAUGAAUAAAGCUAAACGCGCCGCAUUAAUUUGUUAUUGUAAAACAGACAUAACCCAAUUAUUGCAUGUAUUAAGUUAAAUAAUUAUUAUACUUAAAAAUUUUAGGUUAUGUUAUUCUGGCGCGCUUACCGAUAUAGACGCCAUUAGACAAAAUAUCGGAACGCCAAACGUUGAUCGCUCCCUAUGUCAACACGACGCGGAUAUUUGAUGCAUCGAAACGCUAUUUUCAUUCUCGAAGAUAGUAAAUGUUCAUUUCGACAACGUUCAACGAAAGAUCACUAUAACCACCAAUAUAAUAA